ACGAUGCAUUGAAAAUAAAAACUAAUGUGAUUUUUUAAUGCCAUAUAUUAUGUAAAAGAAUGUGUACAUAUUAUAAUGAUUUGACGAAUUGGUCUGUAAAAGGUGUAAAAGUUUAGUAUAAAAUACAAUAUAGGCUCGGGCUUUGUGAUGAUGUCAUGCAUGCAUGCAUUGCAGCGGUGGUGCGCAAGGGGUUUAUCGCGCGCGGCUUGACAUUCGAGAAAAUGGCAGGGCCGGCCAGGCACCAGGUGGUGGCGCUGCGGUGCAACUAGGGCAUAUCCGUCUUAUACGGCUGCAACUUCGAGGGCCACUAGGACAUGAUGUACGUGCACCUGCUCCACCAUUUCUACCGCGACUGCCGCGUCGCUGCCACCGUCGACUUUGUCAUUGGCAUGGCCGCCGCCGUUUUCCAGAACUGCCUCCUCCUCGUCCAUGCGCCGCUUCCAGGGGAGAAGAACUCCAUCAUGGCCCAGGUCCGCUUCAACACCUCGACGAACCCCGGCUUCGCCUUCCAGUUCUGCAAUGUCUUUGUGCACGACGACCUCCUUCAAGCGAAUAGGGCCAACCAGACCGACAAGGUCUUCGGCACGCAGACCUUCUUGGGGCGUCCGUGGAGGGCGUAUUCGCGAGUGGUAUUCAUGCAGUCCUACAUCGGCGCCGUGGUGUGGCCCAAGGGGCGGCUUGCGUGGGACAACAACUAGUCCAUGCUUGACACACUCUACUAUAGAGAGUACAUGAACAUGGGGCCCGACGUUGUCAUCAGCGGCAAGGUGAGGUAGCCGGGCUACCACGUAACAAUGAGUCUGGCCGAGGCCAACAACUUCAUUAUGGCGCACUUCAUCAAGGGCAACAUUGUUGGAAAACAUGGUAUAAAACAAAAAAAUUGCCUCAACUCACUGAACUACUUCAUAGUUUCUUCCUUCCUGCCAAAGUAG